AUGGGUGUCACCACCACCAACCACCCCAUCGCCGCAAGGCUGAUGGUCCCCCUCCAGAUCCUCGCCCUCUCCAUGUUGCCUCUCCUCGCUCUCGCCCAGGAUCCCUCCGACGGCAACGGCGACAGUAAUUCGAGCACCCUGACCUGGCAACGAAUCGUUGCAGGUUUUAUCCUCAUUCUCAUUGGCAUCCUCUUGACCUUCCGUGGUUACCGCCAUUACCGAUUUUCUAUGUUCCUUGCUGGAUUCAUCGCCGGAUGCGUAAUCGUAUACUCGAUCUUGGCAAACGUAGAACCACAACAAGGCUGGAACGACCGCCAAAUCAUCUACGUCUUCUCCUGUCUCGGUGGCGGCCUCCUCCUCGGCGUAAUCUGCUGGCUCCUAAACCGUUUCACGGUGUGGAUUCUCGGCGCCCUCGCCGGCUUGAUCUUAGCCCUCUACAUCCUCGCCUGGCGCAGUGAGGGACUCAUUCGUAGCCCUGGCGGACGCAUUGGUCUCCUCGUCGGUGCCUCCGUCCUAGGUCUUCUCAUCGCCCUCGUCAUGGGUCGUCGUAUCCUCAUCCCUGCCACCGCCAUCGUGGGCUCUUACAUCACCGUCCUUGGCGUGGAUCUCUUCGCAAGGACUGGAUUCUCGGAAUCCAUCAAGAGUUUUUUAACGAACAAUGACCAUGUCGACUACUACCUCAACACAAACAUCUACAUCAUGUUGGGAGUUAUCGGAGGAUUGUUCGUCCUAGGAAUCCUGUUCCAGACACUGUCAUGGAGACAUAGACAGCAGAGGUUGAUCGAGCAGGGCCAAUCCUCGCACAACCACGACAACGACUGGUCGCUCUGUGGGUCUCGCUCCAGAACAGUCCGUCCCGACCCGACCUAUCCUAACGGCAGCUAUUCGGCCCCCAACGGUACUUAUUUGGCCCCCAACGGCGACGGGUACAAUAACGAGUACAACAACGGCGCAACGACGACAAAUUAUGAAAACAAUGUGGACACACCUGCGCAUGUGGUCGAGAAGAAGAGUUGGAACCCGUUCAAGAAGUCUACCAAGCAAGAGAGCACCACGACUAAUGAUAUUCCUACUCAGGAACGUCCUGUCAGCUAUAGCUCCAACGCCGCCUUGAAUCAGUAA